CUCUCCAGCCAUCCACCUCCUUCCCCUCCUCUGAACUCACCGCCAUUUUGUCUCUCUCUCUCUCUCCCGCCCCACCAAAAUCAGGAUGACCGACGGGCCUUACUCCACCACCUGUCGCAUCCACGGCUCCACCAACAUCCACGACGACGGCUACGCCCUUGAAAACUCGGACAAGAGCCCCACCUUCCGGCCCUUCCAGCAUAACCUGCCCCACUGCUCGCCCGAGGUUCACCGCACGUGUUGGUGUGUCAACUUCAUCGCGGAGCACACGAGACUCAAGGAGGAUUCAACGAAGGUGAAGGAAGAUUGGAAAUACGUGGCCAUGGUACUGGACCGGCUUUUCCUGUGGAUCUUCACCCUGGCAGUGCUGGUGGGCACGGCUGGCAUCAUCCUGCAGGCACCCUCGCUGUAUGACGACCGCGUUCCCCUCGACAAGAAACUCAGCGAGGUGUUCCGAGCUCAUCCUUCCAAUAACUAAUCAUUCCCCGGGGUUAUGGAGUGCGCGUUGGGACGAGGUGCCAAUGAGUUUGUUUGUUUUUUUUUAUCAAGAUAUUAUUAAUAUUAUUGUUAUCUUUCUCUUGCAAGGA